UCCGUGUGGUUAGCAGGACGUCUGUCUGGGCUGGCUAAGGCGGCUAGCUGUGUUUUUGAAAUACAUGGGCCAGGUUCUGGCCCCGACUCUGGCUGUCUUCGGCCACUCCAGCCAUGCAAAGCAGAGGGAAAACCAGCAGAAGCAGGUACCUAGGCAUUCACCUUGACUACUGGCAAGUCACUGACUCUCUGUCUUGCGUCUCCAUGUUAAUAAUGCCAUAUGAGAGGUACAAGGCGGUCUUACAAGACCCUGCAUUUCCCUAGUGCUCUUCAGUGGGGAUCUCAAAGCACUAUCCAAAAAAACCCGCUAGUGAAUUGAGCCUCACGGAUCUCCCUCCAUGAGACUGGUAAGUAUCAUUCCCCCCAUUUUACAGAUGGGGAAACUGAGGCAUAGAUGGAUGGGGGAAGGGACUUGCCCAAGGUCACACAGAGAGUCCAGAGCUGGGAAGAGAGUCCAGCUCUCUUGCCAUCUUGGCUUUCAGCCCUUGGCCUCUGCUGCCUCCCUCUUGUGAAUCACGUUUUGCUCAGGUGAAAGGUGCUCUAGAGAUGCAAAGUCUCCAGCUACCUGUUCCAGCACUUGGGGCCACCCGUGUGCUCCUGAAGAUCACCGGAAGAGGAGGCUUGUGUGGGUCAAAGAGCUCCUACUGUAACCAAGCUAUCAGCCCAGUCAACAAAGGAGCCUUUCAUCACAUCGCCUGCUCACUGUUUCAUCUUCCAAGGGCUGAAUUUCCUUUGGAGAGCUCAAAGGAAAAUUCCCCUGCCCUUUCUGUGCACUUUACCGUAUCAGUGCACUUCAUUAACCUGGACGAGAAACUGGUUGACAUAAGCGCGGGUCUCCCCAUGCUGGCAUGGCUCUGCCUCCCCUCCAUCACACAGCCUCGCUGGUUUCAGUUGCCCCUGAUUAGAUGCAAUGGCUUAUCCUCUCGUUAACUCGUGGGGAUCGAUUUCCAGCACGGCAUGCAAGGGGGAUUUAGCCCAAGGGCUUCUGACGAUAGCGGUGGCUUUAUCCCCAAAGAUUAUGCCGAAAAGCUCACCCUAGCCCCUGCUUGAAGAUGCUGUCUGGGAAGAUGGAGAAGAGGAUUGCUUCCUCCGUAUACAUUACCCUGGCUCCUCCCAGGAGGGACACGGUCAUCAAGGGAGAUGUAAAGCCAGAUGUGCGUCAGCUGAGCUCAGACCACCCAAAGGAGGCUAUGAAAUCUGAUGGGACCCACCAGCCCCAAGUGUCACCGCCAAAGAAACUGGCCAACAGCAGCCGCCAGGCCGGCAAGCAGAGCAGCAGGACGCUGGGCAGUGCUGGGCCCUCGUCUGGACCAGCGGUCUUGUCCAACGGAGGUUUCUCCUCCUUUCCUCGUCCUGUCCUGACCGACGUUCCCACGGGCUCGGACCCAGAGAGCCCCCUGCCGUCUCCUCCAUCGUAUCUUCUGUCCGAUGAACGUAACGCCCCGUCGGUGGAGACGCUUUGCCCUGAUCUGCAGAAGCUGCACGUGAGCUCACCUGUGAGCCGGCAGGCCUCCUCCACGUUCCCAGCGGAACCGAGGCAGCAUAAAAUCCAGCCAACCAGUCUGGAGCAAGUGGAUGAGCGCCAGGCCCCGAAACAGAACGUGAAUGGGCACCUGGAAAGAGACAUUUCCACAGUCUGUGCCUUCUGCCACAAGGCCAUUGCCCCCCGGACCCCGACCAUAGAAGCCAUGAACAAACAGUACCACGCAGAAUGCUUCACGUGCCGGACGUGCCACGGCCGGCUAGCGGGGCAGCGCUACUACCAGAAAGAGGGCCGGCCAAUGUGUAACUCUUGCUACAAGGACACACUGGAGAAAUGUGCCAAGUGCCAAGGUCUGAUCCUGGAGCACAUCGUCCGCGCCUUGGGGAACGGGUACCACCCCGAGUGUUUCAUGUGCUCUGUGUGUGGCCGGAGCAUCGGGGACGAGAGCUUUGCUGUGAAUGACCAGAACGAGGUGCACUGCGUGGAUGAUUUCUACAGGAAGUACGCCUCCAUCUGCAGCGUCUGUGAGACACCCAUCAUCCCACAGGAGGGGAAAGAUGCCUACAGGAUAGAAUGCAUGGGGCGAAGCUUCCACGAAAACUGCUAUUGCUGUGAGAACUGCAGGAUUCCCCUGUCCACCGAGCCAGAGGAGAACGGCUGCUACCCCUUGGGCAGCCAUGUCCUCUGCAAGCCCUGUCACAUCAAACAGAAGAACGAAUCGUUCUGCUGAGAGAGCCAGGCGGGCUUCCCCAGCAAACCGUGGAUGCAGUCACAUGGCUGAGAUGAGCCGAAUCUCUGUACUACGGCAACAGUAUUCUUAUCCUCUACAUUCAUUAAUGUCCAACUUUCUGUCCUGACUGUCUCCCUUAUGGUAGGACCAUAUUAGUAGCUCUGAGCUUUAGCAGCAAGGUCCUAAUCAGCCAUGCCACCAGCCCUGAGAGGUGGCCGUGGAACGUUCUUCUUAUCUCUUUCCCUCCAGUCUGGCUGUGCUUAUCUUCCAAGGCUACGCCAGCUGGCUUCCUCUGCCCUCCAAUGGCUCAGUGCCUGUGAUGAGGGACGCACCCCGGCAAACCAGCAGCUGCUGAUGGGACGAGUGAGAUUGAUUAAAAUGAUAUUUCAAAGCAGGCAGGGCUCUGUCUCCGCACUGUGUAAAUAACCCCCCUCCUGCUUUAAGACUCAGGAGGAUCUUACUAAACUGCAGAGGGCUGGGGGACAGCACUGUGCUAUCAGUUCUGGGAGCACGGCAAGGGAAGGGGCCCGCACAGUGGUCGAUGCUAAAACUGCAUGAAGGCCACCCCUGGGCAGAAGGCCAGUGCACCCUCAAAGUAGGGCUAAUGUAGGACCUAAGCAGUGCGUACUUUUUUACUGGCCUUCUGCCCAGGAGUGACUUUUACCCACAGAGCCAGGUCAGAUAUACACCCACCGUCUUCUGCUUUACUGCACCCCGCAAUAGUGCUGUGAAUUAUGACCCAGCAGUGUGCCAAAGAGGUUGUACAGCAGCAGCUGAACACCACUCUUCAUUCUGAAAAUGACACCGUACUGGGGGCAACCUGGGGCUUGAGCCUUCAGGUCUUAACUUGAGGGAGCGAAGGCUGCAGGAUCGGCCCCUAAUUAAGAUCCUGUCUCCUGAAAUGCUGCGGUGACUCAGUGACAAAUAUCAGAUGUAGCUGCCUGCAGAUCUGCGCCAGACAACCCACUGGCUCUGUGCACAUAGAAUUGCUGGAGCCAUGGUUCUGGAAUUGACUCCUGGUAUUCCUGGAUGUGCAGUUUCAUCUCUGUGGUGAAUGGACGCAGGCUGUGAGUCAUGACACAAUCUGGGGGCUGGGACUGGAAAGAAUUCCGCGUUGUUUAAGGAUUUGACAAAUACACCACCCCACCAGCUUCCCUAAAACAAGCCAAGACGCUGGAUUCUCUCUCAUCUGCCGGUGGCCAAUCACAUGUCUUUCGUGCUAGCAUCAUGAAAUCACACCAGAUACAAGAUCCCCAACUAAGAGAGGGCAGCUGAUGGGCUGCUGGUAUUUUAACAUCCCUUGCCUGGGAUAAACCCUCUGGCUUGUGGGAAUGGGGGUGCUCUCUGAGGGGAGCAGCUCAUUUGUUUCCCCGUCUAAAUCAAAACACCAUUCUCAACUGUAGUCCAAGAAGAGAGCAGUAUCACUAAGCCAAAAAGGUCCUGGUAAGCCUGAUGGGUGUGUUUCCUAGUGGGUAGCGCACUGGAUUGGGCUUCAGGAGAGCUGAGUUCUUGUCUGAACUGUCCCUGGCCUGCUGGGUGACUUUGCCUUUUUGUUCCUCAGUUUCCCCAUCUGUGAAAUGGGGAUGAUGAGACUGAUGUGUGUAAAGUGCUUUGAAUUCUACUGAUGAAAAGUGCUAAAUAAGAGCUUGGGGAUGGUGAUCAUUGGUGGAUGCUGCCAUAAGUAUAUUGAUCCAUACGGCACAAUGUUAAACAAGUGCCAUUUGAAAUGGGUGGGAGGGGAAAUGGACCAUUGUGGGGAGGAUCCUCACCCUGGAAAAUUACCUGCAGUGUCCCACGUUACGCCGCCAAAGGCUCACAGUUUGCUCUUUGGUGGUUAUUUUGAGCAUUGGUUACUCAGCGACAGCUGGUGAGAGAUGGAACUCCACCAGCCUCUCCUCUCCUUUCGGGGGUGGGAUUUUAACAAGCGGCACGUCAUGGAGGGGGAGCAGUAAGGACUAUCUGAAAAGAUAUUUAAAUGAGAGGAGGAAUCAUAGCAGUGCUGUGCAUGGCCUCUUAAAGAGCCCUUCCUCAUUUCCAUGGGGUCCCCUUGGCUUUGUGCUCCAGGCUAAACAGGGAGGCCAGGAGACCAUGCUUGUUGCACUGGGCUCAACCGUCAAGAGAAUCCAGCAUUCUAGGCAGGACCAUUAGCUGAUUCCAUUCAGUGGCACUGUUCCUCCUGUCCUCGUCAACACUCCUCAAGAGAAAAGAACUUGGGACCUUGGUUGUGAUGAUCACUGUCCAUAAGUAGCAGUGACACUGUGAAAUUAAGCUGCUUUGAUAGGCAGUGGAACACUCCCUGAGCGAAAUGGCUGUGGAGUUCGGUGGAGUUCGGGGAAACCCCACAGAAGAACUGUAAAUUAUUGGCAGGAAAAGUUUCCGCUUGUUGAAAGUAAUUGUACAUGCUCAUUCUUCAGGGGCUUUAUUUUUGGAAACUGAUGAAAUUUAGGGCUUCUCUUCCUGGGGAUGCUCAUGAAAGUUAAUCUGAAUUAAUAAAAGGUUGAAUUUGAA